AUGUUCCUUUCAGCUAUCCGUUCGUGCUCCAGGGAAGUGAAGAAAAGCGUGAAGCUUGGAAGCACUCAACGGCAGUCCAGAGAGACUCUUUCCAUGCAAGACAAAGACAGAGGCAAAUCUGAUAAUUAUCAGUUACAAGAAACAGAAGACAUCUUGUCCAGCCCAAUCCCUCCAAUGCAGUUCCCACACUUUGAGGAGAAUAGACAGGCGGCCACCCUUGGGUCCCUGGAGCAGAGUAGACAGACGGCCAUCCCUGGGUCUCGAGAGCAGAACAGACAGAUGCUCACCACUUGGUCUCGGGAGCAGGACAUAACCUCCCUUCAUGUCUCUAAAAGACACCGCAAACUGCUGAAAACAAGUCCUCCAAUCCAUCACACCACCAAAAAGGAUUCCUCAUCCCCUUCUUCUCCCUUGUCCUCUUCUUCUUCCUCCUCCUCAUCCUCAGUUUCCUCCCCUUCUGUCUCUGGCUCUUCCAUCCUUGACAGGUGGAAAAAGCUCGCCGAUAUUCAGGUUGCACGCCGGCAACUGAUGAAGGAAAUCUGUGCCAAGUACAAAAGCAACAUCUCCAAGACCAUCACAGGUCAUCAUGUGAAAAACCUCUUUGUGGAGGACAAGUACAAGUUGUUGUACUGCCAGGUGCCAAAGGCGGGUUGUUCCAACUGGAAGAGGACCCUGAUGGUGCUGGCAGGCAUGGCCCCCAAUGCUCAGAGCAUUAAACACGACACAGUACAUGACGGCAACCAUCUCAGGGAGCUUAGAACCUUUGACCACAAGGGAGUCAUGCACCGUCUGGAGACCUACACCAAAGUCAUGUUUGUCCGAGAGCCUUUAGAGAGAAUAGUGUCAGCUUAUAGGGACAAGUUUGAAAAUCCUAACGACUACUACCACAACCUGUUUGGGAAACCCAUCAUCUCCAAGUACAGGGCGAACCCAUCCGCUGAGGCCCUAAAGACAGGCAAUGGGGUCACGUUCAAGGAGUUUGUCCAGUACCUGCUGGAUGUCCACCGGCCCGUGGGAAUGGACAUCCACUGGGAGCAGGCAAACCAGCUCUGCAACCCUUGUCUCAUAAACUAUGACUUCAUCGGCAAGUUUGAGAGCAUGGAGGAAGAGUCCAACUUUCUCCUGCGAUUGACUGGGGCACCACCCAACGUCAAGCUGCCCAGUUUUAAAGAUAGGAACCCAGCUGACAAGAGAACCUCUACGGAGAUCACAGAAAAAUACUUUUCACAGGUCAGCACGUUGGAGAGACAGCGAAUCUAUGACUUCUACUACACAGACUAUCUGAUGUUUAACUACACCAAGCCUUUUAAAGAUUUAUAUUGA